AGCUUGAUUGCAGUUUUGUUCGCUAGAAUAACUUGGGUUCGGCUCCAUCUCAGGGUUCGUGCUGACAGCUGCGCAUUGCAUUGGUAGUGAUUAUGUACUAAAGGUUCGCCUGGGCGAGCAUAACAGAUUGACAAUAAAUGACUGCGCGGAAGGGGAAGCGAAAGAAGGCUGCCUUCCACCAGCUGAAGAGUAUGACGUUGAUAUGACAUUCAAGAAUAGUCUGUACAACAGAGUGACGCAGUCCAACGACAUUGCACUGCUCCGACUGGCGCGCAGGGUCCAGUUAAAAGUCCACAUCCGACCGAUCUGUCUGAUCAUGGAUCCGGGUAUGGCCGAGCAGGCGGAGCGACUUUCAUGGUUUACUGGCACUGGCUGGGGAAAGACCAGAAGCGGCAACACCAGCCCCGUUCUCCAGACAAUCAACUUGAACCGGUACGAUCGGAGCGUGUGCCGUGACCAGUUCGGAAUAACGCUUGCAGCGAAUCAGUUCUGUGCCGGGCAUCCGACUGGAAACCUCUGCAACGGCGACUCCGGCGGCCCCUUGGGCAGAAAAGUGAAAUACCAAGGCGCGAGGCGCUUCGUCCAGUUCGGGAUUGCCAGCUACACCACCGGGAACUGCGUCGGCCCGAGUGUCUACACAGGUGUGGUCAGUCAUGCCACGUGGAUCGCGCGCGUCGUGAAGCUGUACGAUCUCGACGAUCCUGCUCCCACGAUAUCUAGGAAGAAUUCGGAAGUCCGACAUUGAAAGAAAUAGUUCGCCAAAUAUUGGAAAGAUUUCUAUCCAUAAGUCGUAGUAUAUUAAAAGGCGCAAAUCUGUAAAUAUGUAAAUGAAAGUAUGUCUACGGCAAAGUGUC